AGGACUUGGAGGAGAAACAGCCCCACUCAGCUGCGCUACUGAAAACAUGAAGGUCGCCAUAAUUGGAGCAGGAGUGAGCGGCCUGACCUGCAUUAAAUGCUGCCUGGAUGAAGGCUUGGAGCCCACCUGCUUUGAAAGAAGCGAUGAUAUUGGUGGGGUUUGGAGGUUUUCCAACAACAUAGAGGAUGGCCGAGCCAGCAUUUAUCAAUCCGUCGUCAGCAACACUAGCAAAGAAAUGAUGGGUUACAGCGAUUUUCCCUACCCGGAAAACUUUCCAAACUUUGUUCCUAAUUUCAAAUUGCUGGGGUACCUACGAAAAUAUGCGGAGGAAUUUAAUCUACUGAAAUAUAUCCAGUUCGAGACUGUAGUCACCAGUGUAAGAAAAUGCAAAGAUUUUGUAAGUAGCGGACAGUGGUCGAUCACCACAGAAAAGGAUUCCAAGCCAGAAACCAGUGUUUUUGAUGCCGUGAUGGUUUGUUCUGGUCACCACACCGAUCAGUAUUAUCCACUGGAAUCUUAUCCAGAGUCUGACGUCCGCACGUUGGUUCCUCACUUUCUCAGUAGUUACACAUUCUCUGUAUGA